UUCGUAUUAUUGCAGGAACCCAGGGUUUUCUCUGCGUUCUGUUGACAAAAGUGACUGUGCUUUUCGUUUUUCCUCCCUCCCCCCCCCGAGCCGUCCCGCGAGUCUCCUUUUCUCCCCUCGUUCCUGCUCUCCACGUUUCUCCUUUCCUCUGUGUCCCCCACCGUUUUGCUGCUGUGCGCGCUCGCGCAUGCAAUCUCCGAAGGUCUGCGUGCAGGGGAGAAAGACGAAAACGACGCGAAAGGAGAAGGGAAGAGAAGCCGCAAGGAAUGAAGCUCGUACGCUUCUUGAUGCGGCUCGCGAACGAGACUCUGGUGAUCGAGCUGAAGAACGGAACUGUGAUUCAUGGCACAGUCGUAGGCGUUGACAUCAGCAUGAACACCCACUUGAAGAAUGUGAAGAUGACGAUGAAGCAGGGGAACCCGACGUCUCUCGAGCACCUGACGAUUCGAGGAAAUAACAUUCGCUACUUCAUUCUCCCGGACUCGCUCCCGCUGGAUACCCUCCUCAUCGACGAUACUCCUCUGCAGAGACCUGCGAGAGAGGCAGGCAGACCUAUCCAGCGACUCCGCGGCAGAGGACGCGGCCGCGGCGGCAGCGCCUUCAGGCCUCGCGGGGGCUUGGGCCGCAGAUAAAGAGAGGUCGCGGAGCUCGAGGAAGUCGCGAGAAGCUGGGGAACGGAGCCGACGCGGUGAAGGAGAGAAAAGGACGAAGUCGGGUGGAAGCAAAAAGAGGCGAGAGGCGAGGAGACCUGGGGAAAGAAGCUAGGACGAGCGAGGAGGCGAAGGAGAGCAAGAAGAGAGAGCGAGACAGAGACAGAGAGAGAGAGAAGAGGGAAGAUAGAGAGAAGAAGAUACGGAGACAAGAGAUCGAGGAGGAGGAGAAAGGGAGAAGACGACUGGAGAGAUCCGAGAGGGAGGUGAGACUCACGAGAGACUGGCCAGUCGGUCUGUGUUGCAGGAGAGGACUGGAAAGUCCAGGAGAAUCGUCCUCUGAGAAGGCAAACGUGAGGAAAGACACCGCAGCGGCAGAGAAGAGGAAGGGGAGAGCAGGAAACGAAAGAAGAGAAGAACACCGAACGCGGCGAGAAAGAAAACUUUCUGCAACCAAUAAACAGACCUGGAAAGACAAAAAAAACAGCUGUGACCUUCCUCCCUUCCCCGCCCUCCCUGCCGCUGAGGUCGGUCCGCUCGAGUAAAAGAGAAAGAGUUGUGUUGCGAGUGCCUCUGUUUCUCUUGCUGUGCUGGAGUUUCUCUUCCUCUCUUGUCUCGCGUUCGCUUCUCUGCUCCAUGCGUUUCGACUUUCGACUACUCCUCUUCUUCCCCGUCUCCCCCCCGUCCCCCCUGUGGUCGGCUUCUGCUUGGUGCUGGAGUGUGACCUGCGACCGUUAGAGGUUUUUGUCUCAUUUUUUUCAAGACGCGUAGGGGAGACUCUGCGCGUUUGCAGAUGCAGAUGCGCGUUUUCUUCUCUUUUAGCGUUGUGUUCUCCCUCGCCGUGGGUGAAAGUCUGUGCUUUCGCCAGAAAAGCCGCGUUUGUCUUGCUCUUUAUAUAUCGGUGCGUCUGUCCUCUGUCUCUUUUCGCUGCCUGCGUGAACUAUCGAAGGACUUGCAGUCUCGGCCGUGGACUCUCAAGCGGAGAGUUCCCAGCAAAAUAAAAAACUGCAUGCGCCGAC